UCAAGCUAGAGAAUGAAACAGAACUGUCCUGCAUUGUGAGCUUAAAGGUCACAGGCAGAUGGAGGUGAGAGAUAUUUGAGGUGAACAAGUAAAAAUUCAAAUCAUUGCAAACAGCAUAUCCUCAAGUGUCAGAGCUAGGAACUAAAACCUUAAAUAGUGAGUCAUGCACACUGUUAUCCUGAUCCUACCAAAAAAAAAAAAAAGACUGUGUGACCCUAACUCUGUGAAAAUCCAAAACAGCAAAAGUGUGUUUAGCCAUGAAAACAGAUGAGGAAGCAAUAACUUGUCAUAUGGUUGUUUCAAAUUUCUCCUUUAGAGAAAAUGAAUAGCCAAUACAUACGUCAUGAAGUGCGGGGAUGCGAAACUAGCAACCUGAGGAACUUCUGGGAAAAGGCUAUUGAACAACAAACUCGGUAUCUGCAAAAUGAAAAAGAACGUCAACAAAGAAGUGCUCUGACAAAGCUCAGAAAUGAAUGGAUGGAGAGGCUGGAAAAACGGAUAAAGAUGUUGAGGACUCAUCCUGAAGACCCAUCUAGCUGAAGAUCCCACACUCAUUA